CCAGGUCCUAAUACAAACCGAAACAAUGUCAACGAACAACCGCGCAUCCACCGCAAACGGCAUCUCCGCCACUGCGCCAGAGAAAUCCUUCUUCGAGCAACAGCGCGAGAUUCUCGUUGGUGAAAUCGCACAGAGUCUCGAGCACGUCCUCCAAAACAUCAACAAACUCAACCGAUCGCUAGAAGAAGUCAUCGCCGUCGGUAACGAAUUCUCGCCCGUCGAAGCUUUGUGGAGUCAGUUUGAGAACGUGAUGGCCAAGGAUUCGGAAGAGAAUGUUGAUGGAGGGGAGGGUCUGCCGGAGGGGGAUUCGGAUGUUACCGAACUUGGGAAAUGAGGGUGCGACCUGUGUCCAUUUCGAUUUGGUGCAGAACAACAUGGGUCUUGGGCCUUUGAUAUUUAAAUGAGGCCUGUGAUUACAGGUUGUUUUGAGGUGGGAAGAGAAGAAGACUAGGCGGUACAACCACCGUCAUCCAUUUAUGCUACGAGCAGGACCAGACCAGAUCAAUCCGAGAGAUAUGGAACCUCAAGGGACUUGAGACGAAGCCCAUGGUUUCCCAGCGGCAA